CAACCACUCUGGGAUGUCAACGUAACGGUACCCAUGCGGUUGGGCGAGGACGAGUUUGCAUUGUACGGCUUGAUAGCCGCCAACUACACCAGUGGGAAGGCGGUCCGAGGAAACGCAACCGUUCAAAUCACCUUGCGCGAAUCCACGGCUGACAAGUGGUCAAGGCCCCCUCGGGUGGCGAUCCAAAAAAGUAUACUUGAAGUGAGUUUGUCCGAAUGA